AUGGACGGCGAUCUCAUUCAACUUGUAAACAAACUCCAGGAUACGUUUGCGAAUCUCGGCGGGGAGCUGGAUAUGCCCCAGAUUGCUGUCGUGGGCAGCCAAUCUGCUGGGAAAUCCUCCGUUCUCGAAACUAUCGUAGGACGAGACUUUCUCCCCCGAGGCCAAGGCAUCGUCACCCGUCGCCCGCUCGUACUCCAACUAAUACACACGCCCGAGCCUGCCACCGAAUACGCCCAGUUCCUCCACACCGACAAACGAUUCACCGAUUUGCAGAUAUCCGACGUGAAAUUGAGGCCGAGACCUUCCGACCCUCAUGUAUUGAACUUGACCUUGGUGGAUCUACCGGGAUUGACCAAGAUCCCUGUUGGAGAUCAACCAUCAGACAUUGAGCGACAGAUUCGAAAUCUGAUUUUGGACUUUAUUACCAAGCCCAAUUGCGUGAUCUUGGCAGUCUCACCCGCCAACGUCGAUCUCGCCAACUCGGACUCUCUCAAACUCGCCCGAUCCGUCGACCCGCAAGGCAAGCGCACCAUCGGUGUCCUGACUAAACUCGAUCUCAUGGACGCCGGUACCCACGCACUGGAUAUUCUCACCGGCCGAGUCUACCCGCUCAAGCUCGGAUUCAUCGGAGUGGUGAACCGGAGUCAGCAGGAUAUUAAUACCGAGCGAAGUAUGGAGGACGCUCGGGCGAACGAGGCCAGGUUCUUCAAGGAGCACUUGGUCUAUCGGAAUAUUGCGCAUAAGCAGGGGACCGCGUUUCUUGCCAAGACGCUUAAUCAUGUCUUGAUUAACCAUAUUAGGGAAAAAUUGCCGGAUAUGAAGGCCCGUUUGAAUACCCUCAUGGGCCAAACGCAGCAAGAAUUGAACGCGUUUGGAGAUGCGACAUUGUUUGGUGACAAACACCAAAAAGGCGCGCUUAUCCUGCGCCUCAUGACCUCGUUCGCACGAGACUUUGUCUCCUCGAUUGAAGGUACGAACCUCGAAAUCAGCACCAAAGAACUCUCGGGUGGUGCGCGCAUAUACUACAUUUUCAACGACGUAUUCGGCCACGCUCUCAACUCACUCGAUGCCACCGGCAACCUCACGACCCAAGACAUCCGAACGGCUAUUCGAAACAGCCACGGCCCGCGCCCGAGCAUUUCGGUUCCCAAGCUCCACGCCGAGUUGAUCGAGACUGUUUCGGAGCUAUUGAGGGAGCGCUUGGGACCGACGAGCGAUUAUACGCAGAGCUUGAUUGAUAUCCAGGCGGCAUACAUCAACACCAACCACCCGAACUUUAUGCGCGGCGAGGGUAUCGCGGCGGGUGGACUUGUAGUAGGAGACAAGAAGAAGAGUAAAAAGGUCGAAAAGAUCGUCAAGAACCCGAUUAAUACGUCUGACGUGACGAGCGACGACGUCGAUGAACAAGGAGACCUCAUCACACCUUCUGGUCCAACACCCCCUCCCAACCCUAUUCGACCCGGUCGUCCAAGUGAUGCAGCCAAACACUCUGAUCCCGAAACCACGUCCAACAUCGGACGCCGGCAGCGCGAAAAACCCCGUCGCGCGUCCUCGGUCGCCGGGUCGGACAUCGCGUCUGGUCCCAAGGAUACAUUCCUCGGCUACUUCUUUGGCGGUCAGCCUCCUCAACCGGGUACAAUGACUCCAUCCGGUCCUGGAGGGAGCAAGAUUGUCGGCGCGACGACGGCCGCAUUGUUGGGUCCUCGACACGAACGCGCGAUCGGGCGGGAUACGAUGAGCGAGAGUGGGGCUCCUCCAAGUUCGUUUGAGAUGAGGAGAAGUCUGGAGAGUCAGAAUGCCGCGUUUGAUAUGAAGAGUUUGGGAAGACAUAUCGAGGCUGUAUGUACCGGCAGAGGCGACUUCUCUUCUUCACAGCGCGACGAGUGGGAAACAUCCCUCAUCCGGUCCUUGAUCCAAUCCUACUUUGGCAUCGUACGCCAAACGAUCCAAGACAUUGUCCCCAAGGCGAUCAUGCAUCUCUUGGUCAACCACACAUGCCAGCAAGUCCAAAACCGACUUGUCUCGACUCUGUACAACCCUGAGAAGUUUGAUUCGUUAUUGCACGAGGAUGAGAACUUGGUCUCGGAGCGGGCGAGAGUCAAGGCGCUUUUGGACGCAUAUAAGGAUGCAUUCAAGACCUUGAGCGAGGUUAGCUUGAAUGCUUCUUAG